AAAUUAUCUUUUACUUUGAAGCAAUCCUUGUACACGUUACCCGUAACGGAGUUUUGUCAGUCACAGAUGUCUCCUCGACUCACGGAUGCAGGAAUUUUAAUUCCAAACCCCAAAUUUUCUGAAAAUUCUGUAAUUGAAUUUGCCAAUUACGCAGAAUAUCCAGGACAAGUUCUUGUGUGUGUCACAAGCCUGCAAUUCGGCCCUCAUCAGCAAACAUUAGCUCUUGGAGAUAAACAUGGAAGAGUGUUACUGAUUUUUUUUUUUCAAAAAGUUGUAUACGUUCGUUAUGAUGUUUUCCGGGAUACCCAACUGUACAAAAUAAAAACAAAUUUGAAACAAACAAGAAAUACUAAACGCAACGAUAUUCAAAGAAUUUCUCGCACUUCCCCUGUCAAUCAUCUUUGUUUUAUUCAAAAGAACAAUGGAUUUUUUCUUUUGGUUGCUUUACAUACAUUUAUUAUUAUUUACCAAAUUUACUCAGAAUUACAAGACAAAACUCGUAUUGUCAACAUAACACAAAAUCAUAAAUGUGUUAUUCAUGCAUUAUUUUCUUUAAAUAACUGGGAGCCGUGGGAGACUUGUUCUCAACAGUCUAUUUAUUAUGUAAGCGGAAGUAGAGAUGUUGUCGUUGUAUGGAACGCUGAAGAUUGGUCCCCCGUUUUCAAGCUCCCAGCGUCAGAAAAAUUAUACCCUUCUCUUGUAGCCCCAGUAUGUAUUCAAAAGGUCACAAUCCCAUGGCCUUUCUCAUCUAACGACACAUAUCCAAAAAAUAAUUGUUUUGAUGUUCGAAAGAAUUGUCCUUUAUUAAUAGGGGCAAUUUUGCAAAAUAACAAAGUGGUGAUUUGGAACAAAGAAGACAAUUUUUCAACGCUAGCAACGCUAAAGGAGUCUGACUGGAAAGAUUCCCUUUUAGAAUUGUUAAAUGACACUCUGAACGCGUCUCAUGUCACAGUUCAAUUAACCAUUUUAGAAUCAACGCAUCACUCUUCAACAGUGUUUGAACAAACACAGUGUCCAGUUUUAAUAUGUGGUCGUUUACUGCAACGUCAAUAUCACAAAACACAAUCAUUUUUUGGAUUUCUGAUACGUUGGUUUUGCUUGAAUUCAUCCUCACCUGACACUCUUCUAAAACUUGUCCUCUUACCUCGCACUCCCCUUCAACUGAAAUGUUUUCAAACAUCCUUGUUCAAUCAAAAACACAUUUCCUCUCAAUUCAAGCCUGCAGCAACUUUAGGUUAUGUAUGUAUUUUGAACGACAUAGGUCAAGUAGAAAUACGGUCUUUAGUGGAGCUGGAUCUUGUUUUAAAAAUUUUAAAUAUCUCUGUUACAUUUCCCCCACCGUUAGAAAAGAAUUCAUGUUUUAUUACACCUCUUUUAUCAUACUUUAAUAUCACGUCAGACUCAACUACUGUUGUAUUAAGUUUUUCAAACGGAGUCGUUCAAAUUAUUGAUUUUCAAUUGUUUUUGAAAUUGUACUCAAGUGACUCUCCUUUCAAAGAAAAGAAACAUAUACCUUUUAAUAAUCGGAAUUCAAUGAGUCUAUUGCCUGUUGAUGAAGGCUCAGUCUACAAUAAUUGUCCGAGAGGCACAUUAAAAAAGAUUUCUUCUCCUUGUCAAGAGAUGGAUGGAAAAAAUACUGUUAGCGAAAGUGAUACACUAUCAAAAUCCGCUUUAACAUUAUCCGACCAAAGUUUUAGUAGUAUUUCCAACAUUUCUUCUUUAACCUCUUUACAAGAAGAGAAAAACGCGUGUCAGCAUUCUGAAGUAUCUUUCCUACCAAUUAAUGACAAGGAAGUUUCAAUACCUGCCGACAUUGUUACGUUAAAAAAACUUCAGCGCAAUGCUUCAACAAAUGAAUUGGUUACAAAUUGUAAUGUUUUAGUAAAAGAAAACAAACAACAGAAAAAAAAAAAAUUAGAGUGUUUCAUUGAAAAAAAAUUAGAAACAAUUGUAUCCUACGAAAUAACGUCGCAAAAACAAACGUUGCCUAUUCCUGAAUCUAUUUUAUUCAUAACCAAAUUAAUCGAUUCAAAUACUGAACAUGAUAAAAAAAACCUUAACGAUCAACAUAAACAAACGUGCCGUGUUUGCCUAAGAAAACGAUAUUUAUUUCAGUAUCCAUACCGAUAUCCUGAUUGUGAAAGAGAAACUUUAUGGAGAAAAUGUUUAGAACUACCUAUGAAUCAAAAUCUUUUCAAUUGUUUAUUGGACAUUAUGAAACAAGAUGGUGGAGUUCACCCGUUUUAUCAAAAUUUAGAAACCAUGAUUCCUCUUAAAGAUCCUCUUGUUUUACGGCGCUUAAAAAAAAUGUUAGGGUGUUUAGCCUAUUGGUCACCCUUCAUCAAACAGGUUGACUGGAUGGCUCAACUAGUGUUCGCUGUGGUAUCAUUGUUUCCUACGAAGCCCUUGAUUUCGUUUGAGAUUCUUGUAACAAUGCUCAUUUGGUGGUCAUACAUGGGUUGUUUGAAUUUUAAUGGAAUGGGUAUAAUUGCUCAAACAAAAAAUCAAAACACGCAACCUUCUCACAUUGCACAAAAGGAUGUGUCAACUAGCUGUUCACCAACAACUCCUUUAGGUUUAGAAAAAGAUUUUCCGUGUGAUCUACCGGAGACGCCUAUGAAUGAAUCAUUAUGUUAUUGGGCAUGGUUCGCCCAUCCUCUUCCUAAUACCCCACCGUUAGGUUUAAUGGUUUUAGCAUCUCAUAGCUUUUUUUCAGAAGACAAGCAACUUUGGUGUUAUUUAGUUCUCCGUUUUCAUUUUUUAACAGAAGAUUCUUUGCAUUAUUUAAAUACUUAUGAUUCACAAAUCAGUACAAUAGAUUGUGAGUCGGUUACAACAGGAAAUAGUUUUGAUCUUAUAAGUGUUCAUGUCCAUUUUGGGUGCCGAAUUUUAUGGCCUUUAAUCCGUAGUUGGCUUUCAGAAGUUUUACCAAAAUGUUCUUUACAGACAUUAUGGGAUCAUCUUUUUUCAAACCCUGAAAAACCUUUCCUAUUAGUAUCAGCAGCGAUAGCCAUUCUUCAGGUAUCUCGAGCGACCUUAUUAAUGCUUGAUAAUCUUACUGAUUACUUUAUUUGGAUGAAAACUUCUCGUUCAUUACCAAUGUUUUCCGUUUUACAAAAUAUGUACGCUAUAGAGCAACGCAUCAAGUUGGUACAUAUGCUAUCCAUUACUGGAAAUGAAGCUCGUGAACUGCUUGAAAGGCAUUUACAUUUAACCUUACAGGAUCUCCAUUGGCCUCCUUUACAAAAUUGCGACAUGAAUAAAAAAACAAGAAACGCAGCAACCGUUAUACAAGACAAUCCAUCUCUUAAAAAAGUGGCGACUGAUGUGAUGUAUCCUCAGUUGUUUCUUUUGCCACGAUUACCACAAGCUUUUGGUGAUGUUCAAGAUGUCGUCAAACUGUUACCUUGCGUUAAUACGACCUUACAUAGGUCACGGGAACGAUUAUUUAACACUUUACGUGACCAGUUGGCGUUAAAUGAAGUAUCUAAGAGAGAAACAUCCGACGCAACAUUACAGGAAUUAUUAAAGCAAUUGGUUUUAAUUGAAGAGCACAAAGUCGAUGAUACCCAAUGGUACGAAAGAGCAACUCGUGAGCAUGAAUGGGCUCGCAAAACCCUUUCCACUUUAGAAAAACACUUUUUCUUACAAGAUCAGCCGGUGAACUUAGCAAAAGAAUUUUCUAACAAAGUCUUCGAUAUGUAUGAAAAAACUAUUAAAAGGUUAAAUACAAAAAAAAACAUUCAUCACGAGACACCUCCACUGAAUGAAAGUCAGGAGUCUUCAACAUUGACAAUGACUAAUACUACCAUGCUCAAGACUUUGAUCAAUGACGUGGAACUUUUAUUGAGCCAUGAAUCUAGCAAACAUCUGAGCGCGUUAAACGAAGAACGCGUAGCUCAACGCCAACGUGUUCUUGAAGAAGAAGAAGAUCGUCAAUCAUCUGUGCCUUUUGAAGCCCAGUCCGCUUGUGAUAAGAAAACUCACACAUCUCCACAUUCCAAUGAACUUUGUCCAACACAGGAAACGACGACUAUUCAAGCCCUCGUUAUUUCUUCGCAAACUUCUUCGACGCACCCUGAAUUAGUUGAAAGCGACACGUUUCGUCACUCUCGUGCUUCGCUCGACGAAACGUUGACGAGCGAAAAAACGCGGUGGCUAAUCAUGCAGCUACGUGAAGGUCGGAAAAUCUUCACUCGUCGUACUAAAAUAAAAAAGAAAACAGGAUAAACAAGCUUUGCAUAAUCACCUCCUUUUUUUCUCUUGCACAAGUGGAUUCUCUAUUCAUCAGGCCCAAUAAAUUGUUUUAUGCUCAGUGUGGUUCACUCUUAUAAAGAGACGUCGGCAUGAUAUUCUACCAUUGGUUUUAAUGUGAUGAUGAUUGAGUGUUGUGUUACCAUGACUGAGCCCAUGUUUACAAAAAACUGACUACAAAUGAAGCUGAAGCUAGAAAAACUAAGCAACAUUGCUAUAGGCACAAAGAAGUUUAUAAUGCAGUCAUAUUUUCAAUUGCAAUAAAAAAAAUUCUUUUUUCUUUUCUUUUUGUCUAGACAAUUGCGAGAGCGUAACAAGAGAAAACGCAUAUUGUUAAUUGUAUCUUCUCUUAACCCGCAGAUCCAUUUUUACUUAAAAAAAACAAACAAAAAGGCUUAAUCAUGAACGUUUCAGCACUUUAUCUAUUGAAUUGAAUCGAUAAGCACCGGUACAGUUCACCACUUGACGUCGUGAUAAACUCAAUCCAAAACACUUCUUUUCUCCAAGUCACGAGCCCCAAACCAGUGAAUGAUAACAUUUUUAAAGUAAAAUUAA